GUCUGCACGAUAGCCUCGCUCUCAUUCUUGAUAUGCCAGAGAUGUGUGACGUCACAUUCCUGGUCGGGAGGAGGCAGGUUCCUAUCUAUGGUGUCAAGGCUAUUCUGGCUACGAGAAGCAGAUGCUUGUACCAACUAAUUCUUCACCACCAAAGGAAGGCGGAGGCGGAAUCAUCCAACAAAAAGUCAAAGAAGGCAAAACAUUCACCCCUCCCCCAGAAGCUGGUGAUCAACGUGCAGGACUACUCAGCGGAGGAUUUCAGGACGUUCAUCACAUUCGUACACUCGGGAAAGGUCAAGGUUGACGUCAGCAACGUAAUUGGUCUCCUCUGUGCUUCUGUCGAAUAUGGAUUCUCCGACCUUCAAGCCGCAUGCACAAAGUUCAUCCAGAGAUCCCAGGAGCAAGGUCAAGGCAAAUACGUUCUUGAUUCAGCGUGGAACUACCAACACAAGAAGGCGGCUCAGAAACUUAUUUGCAAGCUCUCAAGUGUCUCCAGAUGAAUAUGUCCAACUACCCAUAGCUAAUUGACGUCUCCUCACCAUCAACAAGGGACUUCGUUCUUCCAGGGAAGAUAGACGUUGUACGAGAGCAAGGAUGGAUAUACCCUUUCAGAAAAGGGAUCAAUAUAGUGCUGAACUUAAAGAAUAUGUGAUACCUCGAUCGAAAGACGGGGACAGUGUGCUGCUAGUCAUUUGUAACCUCGAGUAUAUACACAUGCAUGACACAAGCUUGAUGACUGCUUCAACCAUGGCUUCAGCCAUUAACGAAGCAAUGUCAGAAGUGUAUUACAUGUCAACAUCACUGGAGUUACU